UGCGUGGUGGUCCAGUUCGCAGUCAGCCACUGAAUCGCGUUGGCAGGUCUGGCGGAUCUGGCGGAUUUGGCGCUGGUCUAGGCUGGUCUGGUGGUGGUGGUAUGGUGGUGGUACCUACGGCUACGUGCUAGGUAUGUACCUGCUACCUGGUGCCCGCUGCUACCUGUCCCUGGGAUAACUCUACCGCCGAAGAUCGAAGAACGGCUCCGCAGUCUCCCCGACUUGGCCGCUGAGUGCGAAUUAGAAAACAAAGAAAUAGUAUUAACGAUGUGCGCCAAGGAUGACGAAGGAUUCGGAGAAAAAAUAACAUCGAUUCGAUAACCGAAAUCCGCAUAGUGUAUCGAACUUGUUGAGUAACACGAGAGAAGCGCGAAUAGCCGAAUCUCCAUCCUUGUAUACUUCAACUUUUGGGCGAAUCAUUCACUCGAGGGACAGCGCGAAAAAACUGCGGGGGCAUUCGGGGUGGAUGCGUGACUCGAAUAUCCGACUGUCGUAUCACUCGGCAAGCUGCGACCCCCGUCGUCUAAUCGUCGUCCAUAUAAAUUACCACGAAAAUAAUGGAAUAGUAAGGAGAGGAGAGGCGCGCACCGACGAGGAAUAGAAAGGUGAGAGCGAGAGAAGAGAGAAUCCGGGGACUUGGGGGAGGUUCUUCGGGGCUGCUCGAGGAGUGGCACUUUACGUUCUAGACUCCGGAGGAAGUAAAAAAGCUAAUGAAAAAUUCGCGAAAACUAUUCGCCGGGAGAUGCGCCUGAUGUCGCUGAAACAUAGUUCAAUUUUUCUGAUUACUUGGGAAUAAGCGGCAACGGUCGGAUAAUUCGGGGUGUACCGGGAGAAUCCCCGAAACCGAUACCGAGGUGUUCACCGUUCGUACACGCAGUCCGCGCGGAGGGAAAGAAAAACGAGAAAACGAGAAAACGAAGAAACUCAGGACGCCGCAUUGUCUACGAAAGUACGAGUGUACCGCACGACUUUCGGCCGGAAGAGGAUUCCUCCGCGUCCAUGUUCACGACUCCCCUCUCAAUGUCCCUCGUCUUCGACCAUCGGCGAUAGAGUUUUCCACCUCGGAUCGUCCAAAAGUGACAGACGAGCGUCUCGGCCUCCUCAUUUCGAAAAAAACCCCUCGUCUCCCGAGUAGUUCCAUAGAAAGAUUUCCUCCAUCCUGCGAGGAAAAAAAAACAAAAACGAGGGAGGAAUCGCGAUUUUUGAGAUUCAACGCCGGCAGCUGGGAUAAUUUCUACGUGUCGAAAGUUUACGUCGUUUCAUUUAUCCCCCUCCCCCUCCCCCCCCCCGAUGAAUGUGCGGUGGUUUUGUCGAAAUCAGGGGCGUCGUCGCAGUUCACGUGACGAAGGACCGGUACGAGCUAACGUGUUGCACGUCAGCUACCGGAGCAUUGUGAUUUUCAAUAAUCCGCACGAAUCUCGGCAGAGCGUUACUCUCGUUUGAAUGGUAGUCGACGUUCGAAAUUUCGAUGCUGCGUUUCGAAUGUGUUCUUUUCGCGGUCAGCUUCGCCUAAAAUCCAAUAAAAUUAACGCCAGCUCCCCCCUUCGACCCUAUUCUCCCGAUCUAUGCGAUCCGUGCACGUACAACCGUGCACCGCAUGCCGCAAAAGUGCAAACUUAAGUGUCGCCUGUGGUCAGAGAGUACGGAUGAUGAAGAGCCAGAGGGAGAAGGCGAAAGAAAUGCUGGGCUCGUCGUGAGCUCCGUCGUGCGACAGUAGACGACAAAGGACCGAUAAACCACUCACUCACUCACUCACUCACUAUUCUGAUCCUUCUUACCUAAUUCUUUGAUCUUCUUGCAACUAACUCGAGUAAUCGUUCGGGUUACAGGGGAUCGCUGAAAUUGCGGGGAAACACCAACGCUACUGAAUUGCCGGGGAGACACACCAGCGUUGGUCAUCGUGAGGUUUGAGUGAGAGAAAGUUGGAAGAAAGAAGUAAAGGGGAAAUAGCGAGCGACGCACCUGAAUAAAUCAAACGCAUAGAUAAAUAUAGGUAUAGAUGUAUAAAUAAAUGUACAUAAAUAAACAAUUGGAUAAAUGAAUAGUUUAACGAAUGAAUAAUUAAAAAAAAAAAAAAAAUAAAUAAAGAAAAAUUAAUAAUUGAUAAACGAAUGGUUAAAUGAGUAAAUAAACGAAUGAAUAAAUGAACAAACUAAAUAAUGGAGAAACGAGUAAACGAACGAAAAUGCAAGCCAUUGAGAUUAAGUAAAUCGAUGAAUAACUAAUCAAUCAUAGUAAAUAAAUGAAUAACGAAUGAAUUAAAGAAAUGAAUAAAUGAGAAAUGAAUGAAUAAAAACUAACGAUAAUAGAUGAAUGAAUAAAGAAAAAGUACGUAAAACACGUAUAAAUAUAUCAUUGGGUGAGACGGCGAGUAAAAUUUUUUAAUCGCUGUGGUUAUGACGGCCAAGUCGGGGGGUCCGGAAGCUGAGGAUGCGAGAAAUUAGCCCCGUGCUUUAGCGAGGGGCCAGGAUCGUCAAUUCGGAACCAUCCAUCGUGUAUCAAUGGGAGUUUCGCGUAUUUCGUUCGCCGGUGAUCAUGUUAUAGUGAUCGCUACUCUGCCGGUGGUGAACUUGUCCAUCAUUUUAUCAACGAGUGCCCGUGAGGUGUGAAGGUAAUUGUCAGUGGUGCGGGAUUAGUCAACAUGUUGUCGUGGUCGGUCGCACCGACGACAUCUUCGCGAUGCUGGAUCCGGGAGCUGAGUCCGCUGCUGAGGCAAUCAUGGAUGAUGAUCGGCUGCCUUCAACUCGUCUUCCUGCUGGGCAUCCUUCCCCAAGAGGGGCUCGGCGGUUAUCACGAGAAACGGCUGUUGAAUCAUCUCCUGGCGAAUUACAACACCCUCGAACGUCCGGUAGCGAACGAGAGCGAACCACUGGAGGUCAAGUUUGGUCUCACCUUACAGCAGAUCAUUGACGUGGACGAAAAGAACCAAAUACUGACUACGAACGCAUGGUUGAACUUGGAGUGGACCGACUACAAUCUGCAAUGGAACGAAACGGAAUACGGCGGCGUAAGGGACCUGAGAAUCACACCUAACAAACUCUGGAAACCGGAUGUUCUCAUGUACAACAGCGCGGUUGAGGGUUUCGACGGGACAUACCACACAAACGUGGUGGUCAAGCAUAACGGCAGUUGCCUGUACGUUCCUCCGGGCAUCUUCAAGAGCACAUGCAAGAUAGACAUCACUUGGUUCCCCUUUGACGACCAACACUGUGACAUGAAGUUCGGAUCCUGGACCUACGACGGGAACCAGCUCGACCUGGUACUCAACUCAGAGGAGGGCGGCGACUUGUCCGAUUUCAUCACGAACGGCGAAUGGUACCUGAUCGGUAUGCCGGGGAAGAAGAACACGAUAGUGUAUCAGUGUUGCCCGGAGCCCUACUUCGACGUCACCUUUACCAUUCAGAUACGAAGGCGUACCCUGUACUACUUCUUCAACCUAAUCGUACCCUGCGUUCUUAUAUCGAGCAUGGCUCUACUGGGAUUCACGUUACCGCCGGAUUCCGGCGAGAAGCUCACCCUAGGAGUUACUAUUCUGCUGUCGCUGACGGUAUUCCUGAACCUCGUGGCCGAAAGUAUGCCCACGACCUCCGACGCCGUUCCUUUAAUAGGAGUGACCAUCUUGCUAUCGCUGACGGUGUUCCUGAAUCUCGUCGCCGAGACCCUGCCGCAGGUUUCCGACGCGAUACCCCUGUUAGGGACGUACUUCAACUGCAUCAUGUUCAUGGUGGCCAGCAGUGUCGUACUUACCGUGGUUGUCCUAAACUACCAUCAUAGGACGGCGGAUAUUCACGAGAUGCCUCAAUGGAUAAAAACAGUGCUCCUGCAGUGGCUCCCGUGGAUACUGGGUAUGAGUCGGCCGGGUAAAAAAAUCACGAGGAAGACGAUCCUGAUGAGCAAUAGGAUGAAGGAAUUGGAACUUCAGGAAAGAAGCAGCAAAAGUCUUCUAGCGAACGUCCUAGACAUCGAUGACGACUUCAGGCACGGAAAUAGCGCCGCGGCGAAUCCUUCAGCUGGAUACAUACGGAGCCAUUUUGGUAGCAGAUCCGCGUACGGUACUCCUCUAUCCGGACGGCCGGCGACGGUCGAGGAAACGUCGGCGUCGCUGCCGCUGAGUGGUACGAGAAGAGAGCUCCAAACGAUCUUGAAGGAACUCCAGUUUAUAACGAAUCGUAUGAAGAAGGCCGACGAGGAAGCCGAACUCAUUAGCGACUGGAAAUUCGCCGCGAUGGUCGUUGACAGGUUUUGUCUGAUCAUCUUCACGAUGUUCACCGUAAUCGCAACCGUCGCAGUGCUUUUAUCGGCGCCGCACAUCAUAGUUCAGUAGUAGAAUGCCCAAGCCCAGCCGCAAAAUGACACAGCGGACGAAUCAGUCGUCGUCACCUCGUCCUGGUUGUAGGUUGGCAAACAGGUCCUGCAGACUAUGCGGAGAGGGGCGAAAAUUUGCUGAUACCGUUCGCGUUGGGAGGUGCGCAACCUUGUACUCUGGUAGCCUUGCCUGAAAUUAUCCAGCAAAUAUACACCUGUCGCGGUGUGUCGUAAAAAUCAAAGGAAGCAAAAUACAUACCGAAAAUCGGUCACUGCGCGUCCUAUAUGAUUAAACUACAAAGCAACAAAGUUGUUCACGCACUUUCACUUAUACCUAUAAAAUAUACUCUUCUGUAUGCCUGUGAAUAAUUAUAUAAGAAUUGACGAGAAAAAAAAUUGUACCGUAAAAAUUCGACUUUGAGAAAUGCGUACAUACCACCACACGAAACACCUGCUCACAAUUUUUGGGUAUCAUCUUUCGCCGCAGACUUAGCAUGACGUAUCUAUAUCAUAAAAUAUCCGGCAUUCGUCGUGCGACCGCGUGUCCACGCUGCACCGCGACGAAUACUCGAAGGCGGAUAA